AUGGGUAUUCCGGCCUACUUCCGCUGGAUUUCUCUCAAAUUCCCGGAGAUUAUGAACCCCAACGGUAUCGAGUUUGACAACCUUUAUCUUGACAUGAACGGCAUCAUCCACCCAUGCACCCAUCCAGAGGACCGCCCGGCUCCCACUACCGAAGAGGAAAUGUUUGACGCAGUCUGCGACUACAUCGACCGUAUUUUUUCCAUAGUUCGCCCCCGAAAGCUUCUCUACAUGGCUAUUGACGGCGUUGCGCCACGUGCCAAGAUUAACCAACAGCGUUCGCGAAGGUUUCGUUCGGCCAAGGAAGCAGAGGAAAAGAUUCGAGAAGAAGAUGGUCAAGAUGACGACAGCAAUCUCCCAUUCGAUUCUAACGUCAUUACCCCAGGCACACCGUUUAUGUCGCGUCUUGCAGUCGCACUACGCGUUUAUGUUGCCGACCGAAUCCGGAACAACCCCGCCUGGAGAGAUCUUGUCGUCGUUUUCUCCGAUGCCUCGGUGCCGGGGGAAGGCGAACACAAGAUCGCAGAGUAUAUCCGCCGGGAGAGAACUCAACCAGACUACAACCCCAACUUGCGGCAUGUCAUGUACGGCCUUGAUGCCGAUUUGAUUAUGCUUGCGCUUGCGACGCACGAAGUUUAUUUCACUAUACUUAGGGAGGAGGUAUUUGCCAAGAGGGAAACCCUUCCAUUUUCUUCACGUCAACAUUCUACGCGAAUAUCUCGAUUGCGAAUUCAAAUCGGAUAUCGAAAAGGAGCUGGCAGCCGCCCAGCCCGGUACAGAUAUUGCAUACGACCUGGAGCGAGUUCUGGAUGA